ACCAGUAAAGCGAAAAAUACACAACCAAUAACACCGACCGACCACAAAACAAAACAAUAUUAAAUAAAGUCGGAUCUCCAUCCGGAUCGCACGCGGAGCCUUCGCGAGUGUGCUCUUGUGGCGGCGGUUUCGUGCUCGUACACAAUCAGGUGGAGAUGUUAAGCGGGAGGCUUCUGUUUUGCGCGAUAUUACUUGCUGCGUGGCACGAGGCUCACACCGCCAGCCUCCCGUACUUGCGGCUGCCGCGGCUGGACGCCGAGCGGCUCGAGGACGUGGCGGACCCGCGCCUGCCCGGGGACGUGGAGAUGCCCGUGGAGCCGCGCGCGCGCGUGCGCGAGGGCGUGCCGCCGCCGCUCUGCGCGGGCCGCUGCGCCUCGCCGCCGCGCGGCCCGGUCUGCGCCUUCGACGCCGCUGGCACGGCGCGCACGUUCGCGACGCUUUGUGAGCUAGAGGCAGUCUCGUGCCGUGAGAGCACUUAUUAUGCUAUCACAAGCUUGGGCGAGUGUUGACUGAAGAGAAGGCUACAAAUGUAGUUUAGGUUACUUCACCAAAAACUCUUACAAAAUAUUAAAAUAAUCUUAGAUACUUAUGUCGGCUACCUAUCAAUAAAUUGUGAAAUGAUCUUAAAUCAUAUAGCGGGCAUUCAAAUUUUGUUAUAUAUUUUGAGUAAUGAGUAAAAAUAAGGGAGAGAAUUCGUUCAUAAACUGAGUAAUAUUACUCAUUGUCCCCUGAUACAUUUUAUUAUAAAAUGCAUAAACUGAAUGUGUAUCACGUGAAAAAUACCAAAGAAUGUAAUACUAAUACUUAACUAUUAAGUUCCUAAAUUUCAAAUUGUACUAAGAAGAUUUAGAAUAAUCUUUAAAAUGUUUGGAGAAUUUAAACUGGUAUACGUUAAGUUUUUCUAGUUUCCGUAGUAUUAAGCAGUACCUACAACAUACUAUUAUUUAUUGUACAAAGUACGAGUUAACCAGUAGGCUAGUAGAGCGACUGAAAUAUUCCAGUCCUAGAUGAAAUUAUGUAUUUAUACAUGUAUCAAGUAAAUAUUUUUAAUAUUAAUAAAGCAUAUAUUUUAUAA